CCUCAUGCCAUGUCAUCCCAUGAUCCUAUGGCAAACACCCGUCUCCAAUUCAAUUCCAACGCCUUUUUUGCCUUAUUGUUGUUUUAUGCCUUUGGUGUCCAAACGUAUUGGCGAAAUUGGUGGAUAAGUGCAGCAAAUGCCAGCCCCGAAGAAGGACAAUGGGUGGAGAAAGGCUGGUGUGGUACGUGGAAACUUGCGUUGUUUUUCUACCUUCGAGCCGCUAUUUGUUCUGCGUCUCCAAAGCGUGUCGUUUGAGUUUGCUUUGCCUCUCAAGGGAUCCAAAAAGGGCGGCUGUUAGCGGCGGACCGGCGGCUUGGGCCCUGCAAAGCCAUGGCCAGCUUUGCAUCAAAGCGCCUUGCGCAGGAACGUGCAGCGUUCAAGAAGGAUCACCCCUUUGGAUUCUACGCGAAGUAUGCGCCCAACGAAGACGGCAAGGGACAGAACGUCUUCAAGUGGAAUUGUGGUAUUCCAGGAAGAGCGAAGGGCCCUUGGGAGGGCGCCACAUAUGCUCUCACCAUGGAGUUCACAGAGGACUAUCCCAGCAAACCGCCGAAGUGCAAAUUCGCACACGUACAUGGCAAGCCGCUAUUCCAUCCAAACGUGUAUCCUUCGGGGACCGUUUGCCUCAGUAUCCUCAACGAAGAUGAGGAUUGGAAGCCUGCGAUUACGAUUCGUCAGAUCCUUUUGGGAAUCCAGGAUCUUCUCGACAAUCCCAAUGCUGCUUCACCAGCGCAGGAGGAACCUUAUCGAAUGUUCUCCACGGACAAGACCGAGUAUUUGAGGCGAGUGAAAAAGCAGGUUUCGGAGGUGGCCUUGGGCGCGCAGAACGUGUGAGAGGUGCCGAAGAGAGGCAGACUUGACACCCUUUUGUGACAAAAAGAGAAUCGACUGUGUUCUUUUUUGGCUUUUGCAUUUGCUCUUUUUCGGGACAUUCACAAACAGUCGAUUCUCUUUUUGCGCCAGUGCUUGGAGUUGGUGUCGGUCGGGGUCAGUCAGACGCAAGAAAGAAAGACACAAGGGAAAGGGAAGGAAAGAAAAGAAACGAUAAAAAUGAAAAGAAUAGAACAAAAGAAAAAACAUGAAAAGAACAGAGAGAACAGAA